AUGGCGAGAAAUGGCUCUGAGAGUGGCGCCAGCAGCUCGUCCUCAAAGAAGCAUGCUGCUUCACCGUCCUCAAGAAAGUCCAAGCCCAGUCCAAAGGACGUUGACUGGACCGAUGUGACCGACCCGGAGGAGAGAAGACGGAUCCAAAACCGAAUAGCCCAGCGCAAGUUCAGGGAAAAAGCUCGAGAGAACAAAGAGAAGGCGGAACGGGAGCUGCGGAAUCACGAGCACGCCGGCAAUAGCUAUCGCAUCCCCUCGCCCUCAGACUUCAAUGUGGACAGCGAGUUGUCCGGUCUACCUUGGGGCAGUGUUAACUGGGGGCUAGCUGUGUCAAGAGGACAUGAAGCCCAGAGCCGUCGCAGUAGCGGUCGCGGCACAUACGUUGGUGACGACCCUUACUCUGGAGCACACUAUGUCACGUAUGGCCAUGGUAUACAUCAAACAGCCAGCUAUGGCAGCAGCGGUGGCGAGGAGGCCUAUUACGACGAUACGAACUUCACCUAUGACCCAAGAGGCAUACAGGUGUAUCCUCCUGUGAAAGUGACCCAAUGA